AUGUCAGAAUCAAAGCCUGGCCAAGCACCGCCUCCAGUUGUUUCCUUUGUAGCAGGCGGUAUAGCAGGUGGCGUAGAGGCCUUUAUCACAUACCCAUUCGAAUAUGCUAAAACACGAGCACAACUAAAGCUCAAUGCUGGCCAACCAUUACCUCGAAAUCCUUACCUGAUUGUGUCGGAUACCAUUAAGAGGGAGGGUGGUCGAGCGCUGUACAAAGGUUGUAGUGCCUUGAUUGUUGGGAGCAUUGCUAAAGAUGCAGUUCGGUUCGUAUCUUUCGAUACUAUCAAAAAUACGUUCAACGAUAAAGAUACUGGGCGACUCUCCCCAGCUAGGAGCUUGCUUGCAGGAAUGAGCGCUGGUAUUACAGCUAGCGUGUUCGCGGUCACGCCAACAGAGAGGAUCAAAACCGCAUUAAUUGAUGAUGCUAAGGGAGAUAGGAAAUUUAAAUCAUCAUGGAAUGCAAUCGGUUCCAUUAUUCGAGAUGACGGAUUAAAGGGAAUGUACCGUGGAUUGACCGGGACCACGCUAAAGACAGCGUCUACAACAUCACUACGACUAGGGAGCUACAGUAUCAUUAAAGAUACCGAAAAGGCGAAUAAUAUCCCACAAAAUUCAGCCGUAAGCUUUGCAAACGGGGCAUUUGCUGGCCUCGUGACCACAAUAGCCACACAACCGUUUGAUACAAUCAAGACUAGAUCCCAGUGUGUUAAAGCCACUACUACCCGAGAGGCUUUCCAAGGGAUACUACAAGACGGUGGAGUUCUUGGAUUUUGGACUGGGACUGUUAUGCGGCUCUCGAGGACGGUGGUGAGCGGUGGGAUUUUGUUUGUGGUUUAUGAGCUUGCUGUUCAGGUGAUAACACCGGCUUGA